AGAACUGUUGCCGUCGCAGGACUAGUCGCAGGAUCGCGUCCUACUCGCGUACUUGACGCCCCCCCGGUUUAUUAUUGUAAAGUACUUUUACCUGCGGGUGCUCCAGAUUUCCCAUAAUGCUUCUCUGAGUGCUUUUGUUUGCCGAAUUUGCCAUAUACAGUGCUGUAAUGUGACGCAAAAAUUAGUGUUACCUUAUACCUUGGGACCAAAUUCGUCUGCUCGCACACGAAUUGUUUUUGCUACAUAUACUCUUUUUUGUUCUUGAUCCUUAGCAAAAUGAAGCAGUGACGUGUGUCUUUCAUAGCAUCUUCAAGUUCAUCAGUUUAUUUGUCAACAUCAAUUGCUGCAGCAUUACACAUUCACAUCGUACGGUGAAGGGCUGCGCGAGGCAAGAUGGGAUGCUUCGGCAGCAAAGACAAGUUGUCCAAAGAGGACAUGGACUUCCUCAAAUCGCACACCCGAUAUGAUGAAAGUACGAUUAAGGAAUGGUAUAAGGGGUUUAAGCAAGACUGUCCCAAUGGUCGGUUGACACCAGCCAAAUUCGUAGAUAUGUAUAAGAUGUUCUUCCCAUCUGGCAAUGCGGAAGAAUUCUGCGACCAUGUAUUCAGAACCUUCGAUAUGGACAAAAAUGGCUACAUCGACUUUAAGGAGUUUCUGCUAGCAAUUGAUGUGACAUCAAGCGGAACUCCAGAGGAGAAAUUAAAAUGGGCGUUCAGAAUGUACGACGUGGAUGGUAACGGGGUCAUUGAUAUUCAAGAAAUGACCAAAAUUGUUCAGGCUAUCUAUGAUAUGUUGGGCGCAUGCUCGUCCAAUCGGCCCGCGGAUACCGCAGAGGAGAGGGCGAAGAAUAUUUUCGCGAAAAUGGACGAGAACAACGACGGCCAACUGACGCAGGAGGAAUUCUUGAAAGGAUGCUUACAGGACGAAGAACUAUCCAAAAUGUUAGCACCUUAAAUAUGUACCAAUUUACGAACGGUAAAUACAUAAUAUGUUAAAGUCCAACGUCGCUAUCCUGUAUUAGAAGUAUAAGAAUUUUAAUGUAAUGUAACCAAAAAUGGUAUUCGAAUCAAGUACGAACUUUUCUUUCCUUUUUUGUUUAACACUUAAGGAGAUUAUAUAAAUGAUUUUUAGUGUAAAGUUUGAUUAAAUGAUGUGAAAUGUACAACAAUCAUUAGCAUAGCUCACUGGUGAUAUGAAAUUUGCUAUAAUGCUCAUGUGGUGUCGUCGCAUUAGGUGUUUAAUGCUACUGCAAACACGUGGGUCUAUAUUUUGUUAAGCGAUUAUGCACUACUACCUUUAAGUUGUAUGUGUAAUUAACCAAAAUUGAUAGUUCGCCUGCACAAUCUUGGGGCAGAUGUAAGAGAAACGUGUUUUCUUGUAACUGUAUUUUUUAUUAUGUAGGUCGUCCUUUUAUAUAUUCAUCUACCGAACUAGUAUCUUACGAUGAGGCGCACCGCGCUUGUAUAUCAAGUUUAGAAACAACUUCUAACUCUGGCUUUCAUCCUCUUAUACAUAUCUGUAUCUAUAACGCACAUUAUGUAUUUGCGUUUCAAAUAUCAUUUACUCGUAUAUGUAAUAAGUAAGGCAUGAUUUCCGUUUAUAUAUGCAAUGGUCACUCCAUCAAAGAUGUUAUCUACUUUAUUGAUUAGUAUUUUUCUACUUGCACAUAAUGUAAAAUAUAUCUGUGGUAUUUUAGAUUAUACUAGGAAAUAUGCUCUCUGGACGUGCAAGAUUCCAUUAUAAACCUUGAUGCACAAUGACCAAAAAAUGAUGGAAACUUGUGCAUUUUAGUAUUUUAGUGAAGGUAACAAGAAAAGCCGCAUUAAUUAGUCAUAUUCCACACAAUUGAUUACAGUUAGUUUUUUUUAUCACUAAAUAUUAUGAUUAUUAAAUGAUAUUCGUACUCUA